AUGAGCCGUACGUGCUAUCGGCAGGCUCUGUGGGCGCUGGCGGUGAUAUGCACGCUGGCGCCCUCGAACGCCGACGGGAAUAUUGGUUGUUUGUUUAGCUCGUCCUUAUGCAUUGACGGAGCGGAGUGGUGCUAUGAUGAUUUCGCAUUUGGUAAAUGCAUACCGAUCUAUGACAACGAUCCCGAAGAGCGGUCACUUUACCAAUAUGACAUGAGCUCUACGCAGCUGCAGUGGUUUGAGAGGGAAUUGCAGCAGCUAGCAGCACAAGGUUACCGUUGGGAACAUGCGUUCACACAAUGUAUGCUGCAAAGUAUGUUGUACGCACUGCGACAUCACCUGGAUCCAAAUCAAGUAAACUCAAAGCUAUGUGAGCAUUUCGCGGAUCCCAAGCUAAGUGCGGGAGUAACAGACGUAGGAGACGAAACCUUGGAUGCUAACCCUGAUGAAACAGCGUACAUAAGAUUCGUACCAAACUCUAAAUUGAUUGACUCAGAUUAUGCAAAUGAAGUGUAUAAUCCACCGUUACUUGACGAUGAAGAACCUAAAGGCGAUGAUUCGUCUAUGAAAAUUGAAGAUUUAGAAUCCGAUGAAGACACAAAUGAUAAAAUACGAAAUAUAAUGCUAAUGAGUGGGGUCGAAUCACCUGUGAUCGUACCAUUUGAAGGUUUUAGAGAACGUUUACAAGCUGAAGAAGAAGCACGUCAUCAUGUACCUAAAGACAGUAUCAUCAAUUAUGACAAAGAAAAAAAGUCCUUGAACGUAAAUAAUAAUCAAGAAAAACCAGUCAAUGAACUUCCUGAUGAAGAACGAUUAUUGGCUCAUUUUCGUAAAUACAAAAUAAAACCACCGCCCUUCACAGCAGAAUACUUGACUGCUAACAGAUUCUCGCCAUUGGAUGAAGAAGUUCGAUCAAACGCUCUGGAAAAAUACAAACAAAGCUUUCUAGAGAAGAACUUCCCAUUUGAAUAUGAAAACCCAGAAGAUCUUUCAGAAGCAAGGGGCUAUGUAGAAACCUCAUCGAGUGAAUUAAAUGAAGACGGAGGAACAACUUAUCAAAAGGAAAACAAUUCCAAAGAAAAAAAUCCAAAGAACAUGGAAUAUUUAAUGAACUAUUGGCGUGAAAUUGUUGGUGCAAAAUUAAAACCACAAGAAAAUUUAUAUGCUGAAGGUGGUCCAUUAAAAACGGAUGAAUUGCAAGGUGAAAAUUCAAAAUUUUAUUUAUCUCAAGAUUUGCAAGACUUAGUUAAUAGAGAAUGGGGAUUUAAGCGUAGGGAAAGAGAUGAUGUUAAAAAGCCUGGGCCGCGUGUGGACGCAAAAGCAUUAAAGAUUUUAUACAACAAUAAAUCAGUGACAGCUCAAUCAUCCAAUCAGAAUCAGAUCAUGUCGGACCACGAUCACAACGAUUAUGACUACGAUCCAUCCUACGCGUUUGUAACUUUUCAUAAUAGGUUUUUGACUGACUGGGAGAAAGGUAUUUCAUUCAUAACACGUCUUGAAGAGAUGUUGGGCUUAGAAAAAAAUACGUUUACAAAUCCUCGAGUUGAUCCCAGUGAAGUCACUUUUAAAGUAGAAAAAAAUAGCAAAGGCUACGAUGCAGCAGAUGUUGCUAAGCAAAUUGACGUCAUCAAGGAAAAAGUGCGUAAGGACACCGGAGCACAAAUACAAUCGGCUGGAGUUGGAGAUCGGAGCAAAUACCCAAUGAUUCGUAACUCCGAGUCCAAGGAGAACCAACUAUUUGGUUUGGAUUAUCCAGUACUACUAGCACUUAUGGGUAGUUUGUCAGUUCUCGUCGUGGGAGCUGUGGUGUUUGCUGUUUUAUUGAAGAGAGACAUGAGUGCUAGGCGGAAGAUGCAGGGUUUAGCCUCAGCAGCUGAGAUCGACGCCGAAGCUACAAGGGAUUAUCAGGAACUUUGUCGUGCUCGCAUGUCCGGUAAAUGGACGGGCACGCAGACCGCAGUCGCUCCUCCUACUGAACCACCGCAAAGGAUUACUUCGCUAUCACGUGACCCCGACGGGAAUUCACCCUCAACUAGAUCAAGCACUUCAUCUUGGAGUGAGGAACCGGCUUUGACUAAUAUGGACAUUUCCACUGGACAUAUGGUUCUGGCUUACAUGGAAGACCAUCUCCGAAACAAGGAUCGCCUAGAACAAGAAUGGCGAGCGCUUUGUGCUUAUGAAGCUGAACCAUGCGCUACCACAGCGGCCCUGAAACCUGAGAAUAGCGGCAAGAACCGUUGCGCCGAUGUCUUACCUUACGACCAUUCUAGAGUCAUUCUGAAUACUCUCUCUAAUCACCUUGGAUCUGAUUACAUCAACGCAUCCACGAUAACUGACCACGACCCUCGUAACCCGGCCUACAUAGCGGCAGCUGGUCCAUUGGUGCAAACAGCUCCGGAUUUCUGGCAGAUGGUGUGGGAACAAGGCAGUGUAGUCAUGGUGAUGCUAACCCGUCUCACUGAAAACGGACAACAGCUCUGUCAUCGAUACUGGCCUGAAGAGGGUUCAGAACUGUACCACAUUUAUGAGGUUCAUCUCGUGAGUGAACACAUUUGGUGUGACGACUAUCUGGUCCGAAGCUUCUAUCUGAAGAACCAACGUACUGGCGAAACCCGCACUGUCACGCAAUUCCACUUCCUCUCGUGGCCAGAGAAUGGAGUACCAGCUUCUACCAAGGCCUUGCUUGAAUUCAGAAGGAAGGUUAAUAAGUCUUACCGCGGAAGAUCUUGUCCGAUUGUUGUCCAUUGCAGUAAUGGAGCCGGUCGAACCGGUACAUACUGUUUGAUCGACAUGGUCCUCAACCGCAUGGCUAAAGGUGCAAAGGAAAUUGACAUCGCAGCUACUUUGGAACACAUCCGUGAUCAACGCACACGCACUGUCGCUACCAAACAGCAAUUUGAAUUCGUACUGAUGGCUGUUGCAGAAGAGGUACACGCUAUACUGAAAGCCUUACCAGCGCAUCUACAACAACUGCAGGAGAAGAAGGACAAAGAGAAGGAGAAAGAAAAAGAAAAAGGAUCAGAAAAAGAAGGCACUGAUAAAGAUAAACCAAACUAA